AUGGAUGUCUCUCUCACUGCUACUCUCUGCGGGGUUCUGCUGCUUGCGUGGGGGUGCCCUCCUGUCAUCCCCUCACCAUCUACCCGCUGCGCAUCCAAGAAGGCCGUGGUGCCUCAUGACUACAUGCUGUCCAUUUAUAAGACCUUCUCCGUGGCAGAGCAGCUGGGACUCAAUUCCAGCUUCUUCCGCUCCUCCAAAGCCGCAAAUACCAUUGCGAGUUUUGUGGACUGUGGACAAGAUGACCUCCCGCUCGCUCCUCUGAGGAGACAGCAUGACGUCUUCAACGUCUCCACCCUCUCUGAAAAAGUGGAGGUGCUGGUAGCCGAGCUCAGGAUAUACACCAAAGUGCCCAGGAAUUUUGGUCUAUCGGAACCGGUGGAGCUGCAGCUCCUCUCCUGCCAGGACUACCGACCCCUUGACUCUAAAACGCUGGACCUCCAGGAGUCUCAACGGCCCAGGUGGGAGGUCGUGGAGUGGGAGAUAUUCAAAGCAUGGCAGCAGCAAAAUUCAGGGAGCGUUUUCUGUGUGGAGCUCCCCGCCAUGCUGGAUACCUCCGAGAAGGAGCUGGACCUGUACCUCCUGGGCCUACACAGGCACGUUCGGCCCCAGCAGAAGAAAUCCAUCUUGGUGGUUUUCACCAGGUCCAAGAGGAGGCAGAUGCUCUUCAGCGAGAAGCGGGAGGGCAAAGCCUUGCUCAGCCCGGGGAGGCCAGCCAAAGAGAGGGGUCCUGGGACCGAAACCAUCCAUAGGCGGACAGUGGCGGGGUCCGGGAGCUGCCACAGGAAAAGGCACGGGAAGAAGUCCAAAUCCAGGUGCGGCAAGAAGCCGCUGCAUGUCAACUUUCGCCAGCUGGGCUGGGAUGACUGGAUCAUCGCCCCGCUGGACUACGAGUCGUACCGUUGCGAGGGCAUGUGUGACUUGCCGCUGCGCUCCCACGUGGAGCCCACCAACCACGCCAUCAGCCAGACCUUGAUGAACUCCAUGAACCCCGGGAACGUGCCGCCCAGUUGCUGCACGCCCGCCACGCUCAGUCCCGUCAGCAUCCUCUACAUGGACACCGGUAACAACGUGGUCUACAAGCGGUAUGAGGACAUGGUGGUGGAGUCCUGCGGGUGCAGGUAG